AUGUCUCUGGAAGACAGUAAAAUCGACAUAAUAAAGAGAAGGAAAGAAGCUACAUUCAUAGCGGAUGGUUUAGAUAACAAUGCUUCGGCGGAUAAAAUAAUAGAAUAUUUAGAAGAUAAUCAAAAGAAAAAGAACAAGAUUUAUUCAUUGUACAGUCAAACAGUGAGGCAAAGACGUACUACUGCAGGGAAAUAUCGUGAUAACAAACAUUUUUUACUUGUUGGGCAUCCGUUAAACGUGUUCAGUGAUGACUGGGACGGAGGUCUGAAGUCUGGAUACUUUGAAACAUUCUCACACACGAGUAUGUUACCCAAAAUGAUAUCUAUCAUUAAAAACAUUGACAAAAAAGACCCCGUCACUGAAUACAUGAAGAAGAAAAUGAUCUGGCAGGACACCAUGGUUGAUUAUAAAAGAAUCAUGCGUUUGAUGAGUAAAAAACGUAAAUACGAAUGGAUUAAUGAAGAAGUAUUGCAUUGUCCGGAGCAACUGGUGGAGAUUGCAGCUCAUUAUGAACAGAACCCGGACCUUUAUUUUGAGAGCAGUUACAAUUGGUACUAUGCUGGUCAUGGCAACAUGUUACUGAUGAAUCUGUACGGAAUUGAUUAUCUGGUGCACAGUGAAUUUAGCUGCUUGUAUAUUACUUUCUUCCUAAAAUAUAAUUUAUUGAUAGAACAUGACACAACUGUUACCUUUGACUGUGGACCCGGACUUAAUAUUCUUGAAACUAUAUCAUCACAGAACAUCAUAGCAUUGAGAACUAAACAUAAAAUAUUUGUGUUAAAAAUAUUAGACUGUGACAGUUCCAUAAAGAUAGAAAAACUCAAAGAAAUGGACUCAACAUUACCAUUCACAGGAAUAUCUUUUGAUGAAUAUCAUAAAAAUAUUUUGUAUGUUACUACUCUGGACUACAAACUCACUAUUGUAAACAUAGACAGAAUGACAGGUCGAAGCAGGCAGUUACGAGGUAAUGUGAGCAGCUUGGUCGACAACUGGAGCACAGUGAUUGGUUCCGAGAGAGGAUACUUUACGCAUGUAGCAAAACAUGCAAUAACUCUUUAUGAUAAAAGAACUAAUGCCGCUUUCCAAAGGUGGAAAAAUCUACGAAAUAUCACAGACGAUGUAGCAUGUAAUGACAUCAGUGUCGCGAGGCACGGUACAGACAAGCGCCUACUCUACUUCGGGACUGAUCAUCAUCUAUUCCUAAUGGAUUUACGUUACAAUAAGAAAGAGAAAAAUAAGCUAAAAGUUGUACAAAGGUGGACGCAUGGUAUGCAGUGCUUACCCACUUAUAUGUCAGUCCGCAAGUUUGAUUAUAACAGGGAGCUGAUCUGUUUGAGCAGUCAGUGGUGCGAAGAUUUGUGUGUAGUGAGUAAUCACGCCGACAGACUGACCAGGCACACAGACAUCAGCAGUGUCGUCAUGCCAUACCGGCCGCCCAGCGUGCUACAGGCACUAAGUGAAGCUAAGGAAAAGAUGCUCUGCUGUGAUCUCAAUAAUCCCAUAGAAGACAGACUCUGUACUUCAAUCACUGGGCUGUCAGUGUUAGAACAAGAUGACAAGUAUCAUCUACUCAUGUUAAACUCUCUCGGGGAUGUGUCGUGUCACACGCUGUGCCCGCAAUAUAUGACCGCCUUCUUUGAAGAUACAAGUGCAGAAGUUCUCAGUGAAUGGUGCAAAACUUACAAGAGGGAACCAAAAGACUUAGAGGUGUCGUCCAUAGAAGACAUCAGAAAUAUUUGGAAAAAGCUAAAGAGAGUACCUGACGAUUACAAACUAGGCGAGAAUAAGUUUCUCAAGAAAGAGACCAAGUUUACUGAAAAAGAAAUAAAUGAUGUGUUUGAAAAUGAGGAACUUGAUACAGGACUGUUGGAUAUUUGGAUUAAGAACCCAUCUGAGGAAACUAAGAAUGAAUCCUCUUUCAGUUUAUUUUUUAACAAUGAUGAUGAAUAA